CUACAACGGGGAACAACAUAAUGACCGGCCUUGACAGCAGUACAUGCACAGUCGACGAUCCAAGGUGGCAUGAAAAAUCCAAUGUAUCUGUAUCUGUGGCAUAAAUGGUUGUCGUCGAGCUGCUGUUCAGUAUACACGCGGCUCCCGACGCGCCAUCAGAAAACAUACGUCUACAUGCAGCUACAUCAGCAAACUAAGUAUGUUGGUGCACAUCAACUAUACUAGGGCUAGUAACGGUGCGAUCAGUGGGCCAGGAAGCCCAAAGGUUGCCCGACGGUGCAGGAAAUGAAGCCGCAUAACGUUACACGUGUAACGUCAGCGAGUUGAUAAUUACAACAGAAAAUCCAGGGGAAUACUCCUCACUGGCAGACGCAGACAGACAAGCUGGAGGCUGCUGGCUCCCCCAAGGAUCAUGUAGACCACCCGUCGCAGACGACCAACCAUUUCAUUAAUUCUCCUCACGAGGUGGUGAUAUGAGAUCAGAUUCGAAGUCAUGAGAUGUUGGUGCCGCAGCUUUAGAUAUCGCACCCGCAAGGUGGACGAGGCCAGGCACAAAGACUUGGGCGGGUAGCCUUCCUGCUAGGCUGACUUACAGCAUCGAACUAGGAAAAGUUCAGCAUUGUAUCCUUACGCCAUUAGCGAGCCCAUCGGUGACUGUAUCCUCGUUAAACCAGAACAAAGCAAAGAGCAUAGCGAGGAUCUGUCGAGCAGCGGCC